GUCAACAGAGGCAGUCUCGUCUUCUUCCUUCCUUCAUUCAUUCAUUCUUUCUUUCUUUCUUUUUUUUUUGUUUGCCUGGUGCUAGUCACCUCAUACAUUCAUUACUAUACACCAUGUUGAUCCAAGCCUCCCUUGUCCCGCUCCUCCUGUCCGCUUCAGCGCUGGCGCUGCCCACCCACCAGGACGUUGACUUCGACGACUGCGACCAGGACUGGUCGGAUGAGGUGUCUCCCGCGCCCAGCGGACAGGCAUUCGGUGCGCAGCCCUCGGGCCAUGCAUUCGGGAGCCAGCCGUUCGGUGUGCAGCCCUCCAGUGCUGGUGCUGCGCCUGUCCAGGUCCAGCCCUCCAGCGUUGCGCCCGUGAACAUCCAACCCUCGACCUCAACCUCGACCUCAACCUCGACCUCGAGCUCCAGCACUCAGUCCGCCGUCGCUGCCCCGACCACCGCCGCAGCCGCGACGGUCCAGCACGAGGCCUCCACCACCACUUCCUCCAACACGCAAGCCUCCACCGACCUCUGCGGCGACUACGACUACAUCAUCCUCGAGGACACGCCGUGGAUCGUGUACAACAUGCUGUACAACGCGGACGAGAUCGUCGGCUCGCAGUGCACUAACUACGGCGAGGUGACGGCCACGUCCAACGGCACCCAGGAGGUCGUCUGGAGCAGUGUGACCGAUAUUGAAUAUGUGGAGAGCACAAACAACGUCCCCAAGGGCUACUCCUUCGUCGGCCUCACCGAGAACCUCGAGACCAGACUCUCGGCCAUCGACUCCAUCCCGGCCGAAUACGUCUGGAGCCGUACCAACACCACCGCUUUCAAGGGAAACAUCUGCUUCGACUUCAUGACCAACGACAUCAAGGGCGACUCGACGUCCACCUCCUCGCACGAGCUCAUGCUGUGGCUGCAAUACGAGGGCGGCCAGCUCCCCAUCGGCUGGACCAACGGCGUGGUCGACACCAUCGACGACCUCUUCGGCACCUCCUGGAAGCUGUACCAGGAGGCGAACGCGGAUACCGGCAUCACGGUGAGCUCGCUGCUCCCGGAGACGCAGUUCGAGGGUACCUUCGAUGGCGAUCUGAAGGAGUGGUUGGAGGCGUUGGUCAAGGUUGGUAUCUUUGAUGCGGAUACUUAUGUGAAUGUUGGGAAUGCGGGGACUGAGUUCUUUUACGGCAAUGCGGUGAUGAACUCGACUUUGGGGUUGCAGAUUAACCUUUCCUAGAUGGGUUAAUGGGGGUUUUGGUGGGUUGUGUUGAGUUGGCGGUACUUGAAAAAGAGAAAAGAAAUAUAGUGCUACUCUGUAGCUAUCUGCUAUCCAC